AUGGCUUCGCGAUCACGGAGACGCCCAGGCAACGUGUCGAUUGCUUUUCUGCCAAAGCGCAGAAAACUCGCGAAAUGGCUUCAGUCCCUUUAUGUUUCGAUCGAUCCCCGUGGCAAAGCGACAGAUUUCACAAAUGACACCAGCAGUGAAGAGAAAGACAUUGCCUCGAUCGAAAUCCAAACUCCCCCCAACAACCAUCCACAUACCAGUAUGCGCACACAUGAACGAGGAGAUGACCCACCUGUACGGCCUUCAGACAUGGGUCGCUAUGCCAACCUCCCACCACCUCCACCGCCUCCCCAAUCUGCUAUUUCACCCCAGAUAGUGGGUGCGAUGCCAGCAAGGAAACCCGGCGUUCCGACUGAAGGAAUUCCAUCACGUGAAUUCUCCGAAAUCGAAAGACAACAUGAAGAGCUGGUGAUUGAAAGGGAGAAUCUUAUGGGUUCUCGAUUUCAGAUGCAGAUGGAUAGACAGAAGAUAUCUGAGACACGCGAGAAAACUGGUAUUCAAGAAGGAUUGGUGAUGGAUCAAUUGCGUACCUUCCUAUACAAGCAAGCAAUCACCUUGCCCCAAGAUAUAGCGGAAACAUUUGAGCUGAUUGAUACUUUCCGAGACCAGCUAGGCUCACUGGAGGCCGAAUAUGAUCACACGGAACAAAACUACACACUGAAUGAGUUGAAGUACUCUAGGAAAGAGUCAGAAUUCAUCGACAAGUUGAAGAGCUUUCACUCAAACAGCUCUCCUGUUUCUGUAACUGAGAAAAUUCCAGUAGAUCGGGGUGCCUUGCAAGUGACUCCUGCAACUGUGGAUAGCUUGGAAAUCGUCAACCAGAACAACCAAAUCGCCAAUUCGACUCCACAUGAGAAGGCUCUACAACUAGCUUUGCAGCGUCAAGUGAAGUCCAAUACCCAAGAGGAUGACGACUCACACACGGAAAACUUUCGUCUACUCUCAAAUAAUGACCGUAUGGACACGUGGCUCGUUGAUAUUUUGUUUCAACCCUAUCUACCAAUGGACUACCCUGAAGACGAGGAGCCGAUUAGUGGUCCGACACACGGGUCUCCGCUGAAAGAUAUCCCUGAUGGCUGGCGCUGUAUUUUUGCCUUUGGGGCGCAAUUCGAAAGUAAGAAUUUGAAGGGUACUCAUGACAUAUCUCAAGAGCAAGGCAUCACAGGAUCCAAUCCUAUCUCUCUCUCACAUGAUCUGUUCGUAAUAAGGCGACAUGACAUAUUUCACGACAGAUUGCCGACGGUUACAAAGGAAUUCCAGGGGGAACAAAGCAAUUCCUGGAAAUUACCGCACUUGGAAUGCCCGUUUAGGAACAAAGCGUAUAAUUUCAAAGGCUAUGACACAUACGGACCUUUCACUAGCGAGAGAAUAGGCCUACCAAGGAGCUCCAGUACCCAUUCGGUACCGACUGGGUUGCAAGUCUUACGAACACGCCAGUCGUUUCACAGUUUUCCUCACAAAGUGGAAGUUGAGGACCGCCGCGACUCCAAAGUCAGCUCACAAGGAACACUGAAGAGUGGGACCUGGCCAUUGAGACUAUAUCGUACGGUAGACGCAUCACCAGCCACGCCAUCCUGGGGGGUUAUCAAGAAUCUGAUCGACCCUCGAAUUUUCCAGAGCUCCAACCACGGGAAUGAACGUCCCACACGAGAGAGAUGGAUUCUUCCCCACCGAUUCCUCCAGCAUAAUGCUGGAUAA